CUCUCUCUAAAAGUUAUUGUUUCUCUCUCUAAAAGUUUGAGUGGGAUCGUGCACUCGCAAUGGCCACCUUCACAACGCUCCGCCCAUUUCAGAGGAAUACUAUCAAUAUAGUCUCUAAGCCACCUGCAAAACCCAGGUUUCCCUGCAAAUUACGGGUCAGUUUAGCAGUGGCUCCUUCGGAAUCAGGCAUAAAACAAACUGAUGGCUUGCAGUACAAUUUAUUUGCAUGCCCAAUCUGUUACGAACCUUUAAUUAGGAAGGGACCAUCAGGAUUAACCUUGCCGGCAGUUUAUAGGUCUGGUUUUAAGUGUCAAACAUGUAGAAAAUCUUACUCAAGCAAGGAUGUGUUUCUGGAUCUUACUGUAACUUCUGGCACUAAAGACUACAACGAGUUCAAGCCUCCACGGACAGAAUUGUUUAGGAGCCCUCUUGUGUCUUUCUUGUAUGAGAGAGGGUGGCGCCAGACUUUCAGUGGAAGUGGGUUUCCUGGUCCUGAUGAAGAGUUCAAGAUGGCACAAGAAUUCUUUGAACCUGCAGCAGGUGGGCUUCUUGUAGAUGUCAGCUGUGGAAGUGGGUUAUUUUCAAGAAAAUUUGCUGAUUCCGGAUCCUACUCUGGAGUUAUUGCAUUGGAUUUCUCAGAGAAUAUGCUACGGCAGUGCUAUGAUUUUAUAAAAAAUGAUGACACACUUCUAAAUGCGAACCUGGCUCUUGUGAGAGCAGACGUUUCAAGACUUCCCUUUCCAUCGUGUUCUGUUGAUGCAGUUCAUGCUGGUGCUGCCCUGCACUGUUGGCCAUCACCUUCAAAUGCAGUAGCUGAAAUCUGUCGUAUCUUGCGUCCUGGUGGUGUCUUUGUUGCAACCACCUUUUUGUCAUCGGUCUUCAGUGACUAUUUACCUUCUGAUGUAUUGCGGCCUUUACGACAGGCUGUUCAACCACUCGCAAACACAUACAGCUAUCUCACAGAGAAGGAAAUUGAGGAUCUAUGUAAAUCGUGCGGUUUUAUGAAUUAUACAAGCAAAAUACAACAAUCAUUUAUCAUGUUUUCUGCACAAAAACCUGGAGGUAAUGAUCUCAAUGGAAGUUGAGUCCCCCUCAUGCCGUCUGUAUUUGUGUGAUUUAUUGUUGUAUUAAUUGAAACACAAGAUGGAAAUUGUUUAUUACAACUACGAUAAAGUGUAUAUUAAAGAUGUUUAAAAUGGUGCAAAA